GUCAUAACCACUGUGUGCCAGGGACUGCUCUGUACUUGAAAUUUCACUUGCAAUGUGUUCCUUCUUGCCACCUGGAGACAUUUAUGACAUAAACAGAGAACAGGACUAUGUCAAGAAUUCUGGGGGUAUACUUGGUGAAAAUGAAUUAAGACCACCCUCCCAGCUACAUUCUCUCUUAGAGAAGACCAAGACAGGGUUCAUAUCAGAAAAGAUUUUUGAGACAGUGUCCUUGAGUUCAGACUCUCUCUUCCAGAGGGCAGUUUCAAUUCUCCAUACUGCUUACUUGGACUCUGCAUCUGAGCAUGGCUUUCAGUACAGUCAAGUGACUUUGGUGAAAAAUGACAUUUUCUUAAAUGAGUACAAAACUUUUUACCAAGAAAAAAAGGCAAGUAACUAUACUCAGGAAGAACUUCAAGAAACUUACGGGUUUCUUCUGUUUGAAACUGAAAAUCAGGCAAAGUGGGUAUGUCAGCGUGGACUCUGUGUUGGCAGUAGUGCGAUUACCACUUUGGGUGAUCCAGCGAAAGGUGUCUACAUUUCUAAAUACUCAGAUUAUCUUCAUGCAAGACCAUGGUAUCAUGGGAAGUCUGGCUAUGUGGUUAUUUUUAAUCUAAUUAAGGGGAAAGUCAAAUUUGUGCCUGAAAAUUAUACAACUAACUAUACUAGUCCAUCUUCUGGCUAUGAUUGUCACGUUGCUGCAAAUACUAACAAGGUUUCUCACAAGACGAGUCAUUUUCGUACCUAUGAAUUGAGUCAGUAUUACCUCUAUGAGCUUUCAGGCAACACUGUUACAGAGCGACCCAGACAGCUCUGUCCUUAUGUAAUUGUAACUUUUCAGUACAGGGAACCUAAAAAGAUGGCCACACCAACUCAUAAAAGCAUACUUGAAAUCAGUGAAAAUGUUCUCUCUCCAUGGAAAGGGAAACUAAUUAUUCAAGGCUGCUUGCUAUGUGAUAUAACACUGUGGGCUUCUUGUGGUACAGUGAUUCCAGCUCAGCUACCACAUGAACUAGAUUUUAAAUAUGUAAUGAAAGUAUCAUCUUUGAAAGAAAGACUACCGGAAGCUGUCUUUAAAAAACAGAAUUACUUGGAGCAAACAGUCUUUAACCAGGAUAUGUGCUUCAAUACGUAUAAGGUGGAACUAUCAAACAAACAAGGGGAAAAGAUAGAUCAACUAACAAAAUACAUUAAAAAUAAACAAUUGGCCAUCAUCAAAUGCUUAGAAGAUCGGGGAUUUUUCAUUUUACUUACAUCAUCAGCCUUAAUAUCAGAAACAAAUAAUGGAGAUGAACAGAUGGGUCUACAUGGGUUGCAUUUAUUCUUUUCAUCCCUGUCAAUAGGAAUGAGAGACUUGCAAGUUGAAGAUGAUAUCUCAUUGAAGGUGGUACCUGUUUUACCUGCCCUUAAUUGUGCCCUGCUGGAAGCAAAGAAAUCAUUUACUGAAGACGGAAUCUGUUUAAACACAUUAGUAAGGCAUAAUUUCCAAGAAUUGCACAAGGCAGACAAAAAUUCAUUGACGGCUGCUUCUCAGGAUGAAAUUAAAGAGACUGCAUUGUUUGACAAACUGUCCAAUGGCUUUGACUUGGUUCCUCCAGCUGAAAAGUGCCCUUUACAGUCUUUAACUCAGUUGAAGUCAUAUCUUUCAGAUCCUAGUGGUUACAUUUUGGAAGUAUCUACUACAUUAGAUUUGUUGACAGAGCAUCCUCAGUCUCCUUGUAUUUCUGAUGGAAUUUGUGAUGCUGGAUUUUCUUUAGUUAUGACUCCAGAUCCUGAAUUUCUUGACUCAGAGGCAGAAACCAGAAAAGAAACUGGAACAGAAAAGGAUUCUGAAGAAACAUUUAAAGCAAGGCAAGGCAUGUUAGUUUCAUUAAGUCCAGCAUCAAAUCUGAGAGUUAAGCCUAAGAGAAACGCAAGCACACUGUCUGUGGAACACAGUAAAACGGUGAACUUAAGCCUCUCCAUCCCCAAAAGAACUCCUGCUGAAGCAGACAAGGGUUCAGAAUAUCCAACAACUCUAAAAUUAGUCAAAGGACAUUUUCCUCAGAAAAGAAAAAGAGGUGCUGAAGUACUGACUGCACAGUUUGUACAGACUACCAUAUUGGAUAGGAAAACCCAAGACGCUCCUAUUUCUAAAGAUGUUCCAGUGGCAACGAAUGCUAAAUGGGCAAAGAAACAAGAGAAAUCUCCAGUCAAAACUGUUCCAAGGGCUAAGCCAUCUGUGAAGAAAUCUCCACACAAACAGAGGGUAAAUAUAGUGAAAGACAAUCAGAAUCCCAGAAUCAGAAAGCAGCCAGAACCUGCCAAAGGAGAAACUGCUUCACAACUUCAAUCAGAAAUUUCAUCCAGUGAUCAAGCAGAUGUUACUAGCAUAAAUACAGCUCAACCGGAAAAUACCACAGUAGCGCAAAAAGAUCUUCCUGACAGCUCCAUUGUCAACUGUGACUCCCAGGCCCUGAAUAUGUUAGCUGACCUGGCAUUAAGCUCUGCUCCUUCUACCACUUCAUCAUCUGAGCCCAAAAACUCGUCUGAAUUACCACAAAAUGAUGCUUUGCUUUCUAAGGAACAUUCUUUACGAGGUACAUCUGACCAUGAAUAUCAUAGAGGAGUUAAAAGUCAAAAAGGUGGACUGUUACCUAAACCCUCUUCUGAUAAGAGUGAUUUGAUGUCAGACUCCACCGUGAGCCAAGAGGAAGAGAGUGUGGUUUCUCACAGUCCAGCUCCAAUUGAAACCCAGCCUACACUUUCUGAGGAAACACUAGAAACUUCUGUUACAAGCCUAAGCUCUUUUGUUGCUCUGGAACAUUCCUAUGCUCUGCUCCUUGCAGAACAUUCAAAGAAGCAACUACAGCAGAAAGGGGUACCAGGCUCUACCUUUGCCAAGAACACCACAAAAGGCCCUGAAGCAGGAACCCCAGUGGGAAAAGUAAUGCCAUUUCGGCAUCAGCAGAGCACCUCCCCUCUGCAAAAGCUUUCUGAGGGCCCAUUGCUAAAACGCAAGAGUAGAUUGCUGUCUUCCAACCUAAAAGAUUUUUAUUGCUCACAUACUGUGUUUAGCUGUGAUGGAUCCUUUAAGGUCACUUUCAGAUGUGAAACAGAAUAUGUAUUCAGCUUAGAUAGCAAGUAUACCAACAACCCACUGGAGAAAACUGUAAUAAGAGCAUUACAUGGGCCCUGGAACACUGAUUUACCUGAUAAUGUGGAAGAAGUGAAGCUUUUACUUCAUAUGUGGGUAGCUCUGUUUUACAGCAAUCAGAACAAAGUCAUAAGGUCAUCCCGACGAGUAGUAGAACACAGCAACCCAGCAAAAUAUGUGUCUAUCAAUAGCACAUUAGAAUCUUUUGAAUUCAGUGAAAUUGAGGAGUCUACCAGUGUGCAAAGGUGUUCUGCAGACCCUCUAUUGGAGACUAAUGUGACACCUGGAGCUUGUACGACUACUGUGUCCUUCCCUGAAGCUAACACUGUGCUUCCUCUCAUUAAACUACCAUCAGCAAAAGGCUUGGGACUCUGGGUACAGAAUGACCAGGAAGAAAUGUUUGUAAGAGCAGACCAUCCAGACACCCAAGAAAGCCAGAAUUUCACCUAUUCUUGUAAUAAUGAGGUAAUUGGGGGAAAAGCCAAACAAGAAUCAUAUAAAUUAGAGACUUCCAGUCUUGUGCUUACUAGUAUUGGAAGUACUGAAGCUUCUAUUCCUUCUAUUUCCGGUGAAGGUAAAACCUUUCAACCACUUGAUAACACCACAGUGAUUUCUGACAAUGAUGAUGUCACACAAACCACAGUCACCAAGACUUGUGAUGGGGUCAGCAAUCAGUCAGCGGAUUGUCAAAAGUCUGUGUACAGCACCCUUAAAAGCAAAGUUGAUAUUUUUCAUGCAGCAGCGCAUGAAAACUAUGGUACUUUACAGGAGCUUAUCCAGCCUAGCAGCCCCAUGAACAAAGAUUGUCAGCCUUCACUGGAAAGGAAGGAUGAUGAUACGGAGUAUGUAACGAUUAAUCUGGAACCAGUUACUUUCUCUUUUGAAAAAAAUUCCUAUGUACCAGUACAGGCAGAAACUAUAAAAAGAGCUGAGAAAUCUACAGCCUUUAAUAUGGAGCUUAUUAAACAGGUGUCACCUACUGUAAGUCUUCGACAUCCUACAUCCACAUUUGAAAAUCCACAACAAAUAAAAGGUCUGAGGGACAUUUCAUCUCAAGAAGUGCCAGGACAACAAGGCACUAAAUAUCUUUGUGCCUCUUCUGUAAGUGAAGAGAUACUUGCUAAAGAAACAUGUUCAUUACAGCCUAUUCUAGGCUCAUCAUCAUCAUCUAAUAAUCCAGUGGUAAUGGAGGCAUUAUCAUUAGUUAAAAGUUCUAAUUACUUGUUACCCAGAGAAGACACAAAACUCUCUCAAGUUUUUCUGCAGACCCAGAGUGUCUUUGGCAUAUCUUCAGAAGAGGUUAUAGCACCAUCACAGGUUCAAGAAGUGGUCUCAUCAUCAGCCUCUGCCAUCUUGGGAAAAAAUUACUCACUUAACUGCAUUCCAUCAGGCAGUAACAUGUCAGAAAGCUCUUCAGAAUUAAAGAAUGGCAAGAGUGAUCUAAAAAAUGAAAAUUUGAAUUUUGAAUCAUUUAACUCAGCAUUUACCAAACAAACCAGUCAGUCAGCGAAUAGAGAGGAGGCCAGCCUAGAAUUAUCAGAGGAAGAUUCUGACAUUGAUCUAAGUCUCACCAUAUCACCACCAACCAGCCCCAGAGAAGCAAUGCCAGCUGGGAAAAUACAGCAAGAUCAAGAGGCUCCAUUAACAAAUGUAGAAUUUCAGGAUAUGACUAAGGAAACCACUGAGCCAGAACAGGCAACAUGUAGAGAAAACAGAGAGGUGAAUUCUUCUAGUUAUACAUCAGUAAAUCCUGCAGUGUCAGAGAAACCAUCAGAAAAUGGGAGAAAAGGUGAUAAUUCACAACCAGUUACUUUAAUACUUCCUAAAGAAAGUUGUACUCUUGAGAUCAUGGAGGAAGUUCACAUUCCCUCAGACUUUACCUUUGCUUCUUUAAUUGAAGAGGUGUCUCCAGCUUCUAGUCCUGACCCCCAAGUACUAGCUGAAGAAAUACAACCAUCUCAGGCUAUGUCUCUCUGUAGUUUAAAACUUCCUGAUACUCAUUGUGAGAAAAAUGACAAAUUCUUCCAAUUUGAAUCAGUAGAUUUGGCCAUAAAUGAGAAAGAAAAUCCUUUUGUUAGUUCUAUCCAUCCAGUGGCACAAGAAAAUGUAACUCAGGUACAACAGAUGCUGCUUUCUGAUGAAAUGCCUCUACUAUCCAAUAAUCAUUCAGGAGGAAAAGAUAGACAUUUAACCCUUCCCAGUAAAGAAACUGAGAAAAUUAUUCCAAGUGAGUGUGAUGAGAGUUUCUCUUUCUCAGCAAAGACGCUCUGCUGUGACAUAGAGUCAAAUCAGGUUGCCUCGGCUACCAAUUACAGGGAUGACUUUAAGCCUUCUCUUGAAAAAUGGGUAAGGUCAAGAAGUCCAUUGCAGCCAAAUAGUGUAGACAAUAGAAAUUCAAGCUUAAAGCAUCUUGCCCUAGAAACCAGUGAGUUUCCAUCUAGUCCUAGAAAGAUUCUUGAAGAUAGGACUUUGGCUGACACAUUUGUUACUGUAACUGCUGCAGGUGGUGUAGUGAAACAACAAACUAGCCCUAAAAGCAUUAAGAAAAAUCUCUUGAGCCAUGAUUUCAAAACAAAUGAAAGCAAUUACAUGCAGCUUAUGUCCUUAAACUCCAAUUCAGUUGAUGGGAUUGAUCUUUCACAGGCACACAUGGGCUUAGAGAGCUCCAAACUGGCUUUCUCCUCAGAUGGUACUUCGUUAACUCAUUGUACCAGACCCAUAAGUGGAGAAACAGGGUUUCAAACACAGGAAAUAUCAGUAGUCACAAUGGCCACUUUGCUUAAAAAUAGUGAAACUGAAGCUGAGUUACAUGAAAAAUCCGUAGAGGUAGGUGUCGACUCGCAAUCAAACACCGUAUCUCCAAAAGGUGAACAGAAAAUCCAUGUGCUGCAAGAUAUGUCAACAUAUGAAACAAAAGAUCUGCUGAGUGAUGGUCUUUUCCCCGUGGAUGCUGGCUCUUACCAGAACACAGCAAUCCCUUGUGAAAAUAUCAAUGACGAGCCUUCUGCUUCCUUUGUUUCCAAAUCUGGUGACACUCUUGUUUUCGGGAUUUCGAAAAAGCAGACAGAAAAUACGGUGGCAGAUGAGGGGCACAGGGCCAAGGAGGACCCUACAGCCCUGGGUGGAGACCUGGAUAGCAGUGUAAAUUCUGACAUCCAUUAUGAACCACUUUCAGGGAACUCUGAUGAAGAUUCUUUCUGUGAUUGUAGAAAUCCCAAAUUUGACAUGGAGGAUUCUUGUACUUUGCGAUGUCACACCAAGAAAAAAGAUGCUUAUAACGCUUUCCUGUGUUUAAACAAUGGUGGUAAUGAAGAUUGGGGUUACUCUAACCAAGUUCCAGUGUUAGAGGCCAGCUUUGCUCCCAGAAGCUGGUGCAUUGGAUUAAAGAAAGAGGACAAGUGUGCACCACAUUACAUUCAGAUCCGAGACUCCCAUGGCAUCCCCAGGACUUACGCUAACUUCACCAUAACUAAGGAGUUCCAGGACACCGCUCGGACACUACACAGCCUGAGGAGGCACCCUCGUCUCACUGCAAAGUGUGGCUUGCUCAGCUCCUGGACAAACACUUGGCAGGCAGCAGAUGACCUGACCCAGGACACUUUAGACAUGGAAUAUCUGCGUUUUGCGCAUAAACUAAAACAAAUUCUAAAGAAUAGUGAUUCUCGGCACUUUUCCUCUUCUACCAACAUCUUUCCAAAGGAGUCACCUCUCCAAAUCACUGCUGGAACGUUCCCUUUGACAAAAAUACCCGAGUCUCCUCUUCUGCUUCCUGUGUCCCGGAGCAGAAGUCCCCUAAUAGUGACAAUCAUGCCCUCGGGCACCAGGCAACAGAGUCCACAUGUGAGAGGCCAUAUGCACAGCAGUUUGGACAGUUCUUCCUUUUGGAAGGAGAGAGGUGGUCACAAUAGGAAUCACCUUACAAAGUCUGAAAGAAAUCAGAGUGCUUCAUUACAUCUCAACAAACUGAAAUACAACAGUACUUUGAAAGAAUCCCGGAAUGAUAUUUCACUUAUUCUCAAUGAAUAUGCUGAAUUCGAUAAGGUGAUGAUGAACAGCAACCAAGUCAUUUUUCAAGAUAAAGAGACAAAUGUUUCUGGAGGAGCCACAUCGCAGGAGAUGUGUACAUCUUUCCCACAUUCAGCUUCCUAUGAAGACAUGAUUACUGACUUGUGUACCAGUUUACAUGUCAAACUAAAAAGUGUUAUGAAAGAGGCUUGUAAAAGUACCUUCCUAUUCUACCUCGUUGAGACAGAGGACAAAUCAUUCUUUGUAAGAACAAAGAAUAUUCUGAGGAAAGGAGGUCAUACGGAAAUUGAGCCUCAGCAUUUCUGUCAAGCUUUUCAGAGAGAGAAUGAUACGCUAAUAGUCAUCAUCAGAAAUGAAGAUAUAGCAUCACAUUUGCAUCAAAUUCCUUCUUUGCUGAAGCUGAAGCAUUUUCCCAAUGUUGUCUUCGUGGGAGUAGACAGUCCUGAAGAUGUUCUCGAUUAUACCUACCAAGAGCUAUUUCAAACAGGCGGCUUUGUGGUAUCAGAUGACAAAGUAUUAGAAACUUUAACACUAGUUCAACUGAAAGAAAUUGUUAAAAUCCUGGAGAAGCUAAAUGGAAAUGGAAGAUGGAAGUGGCUGCUUCACUAUAGGGAAAAUAAAAAGCUGAAAGAAGAUGUAAGAGUGGAUCCAACUGCACAUAAAAAGAAUUUAAUACUGAAAUCCUACCAGAGUGCAAAUAUCAUUGAGUUGCUUCAUUAUCACCAGUGUGACUCUCGAUCAUCAACAAAAGCAGAACAUUUGAAAUGCCUGCUACAUCUGCAAAUUCAACAUAUCCAUGCCAGGUUUGCUGUCUUCCUAACAGAAAAGCUUGUCUCCAGAGAAGUCUUUGAAAAUAGCGGCAUCCUUGUUACAGAUGUAAAUAACUUUAUUGAAAAGAUACAAAAAGUAGCAGCUCCAUUUAGGACCAGCUAUUGGUAAGAAUACCAUAUGUAACUCUCCCAUGAUGUAAGCUGAAGCAGAUAGUGACAUUUGUGUCUGUUCUUCACCUUUUUACCCAUGGAACUGUUGAUUUGGCAUAAAUGGGUAUUUCUGGAUAUCACUACGCUAAUGAAAUAACCAGUCUACUUCAAAUUAUCUGUUAUCAAAAAUGACGUGCCUUUCCACUUGGCAGUUACCUUGACAGAUGUAGGAGAUAAUUAAUCUAGAUGUAUCCUUUCCCAUUAGAUAGCAUUCUUACCAAUUUUGUCUUUAUCCAGGUGAUUCAACUGCUGUUUGCCUAGACAUCUGUGAUGCCAACAAUAAAUUAUUUUCCUUUUUCUUUGAAAAAUCAGUGUUGCUACAACUUGGGAGAAAGUUUUCCCUUCUUUUAUGCUUUGAUAAAAUAGGAAAUGUUUGCUGUGUUCUAACAAAUAUUUUAACCAGUAGCGUUGUUUUUGCAUGUUAAUGUCAGAAAGGCCUAUGUAAUGCAUGUCAUACAGUGUUUCAAAGAUUUUAUCACCUUUGUAAAACUAUUAACUUGUUUUAUUGACUGUUACUCAAGCAACACUACAUAAAGCAUUUUUUAUUGAAUGGUACAAAUUUACAACUCACUUUUCACUCUCUCAGCUUUUGUAAAUAGCACUACAAAAUCAUCCCUCUGGGGAAGAAAAUAAAUUUAUUUAUGAUACUAGAAUUUCUCAAAACCAAGCAAAAACAUUUGUAAGAUGAACAGUAUCAAUUUGGAACAACUCUUUGUAACUACUUGGUUUCAUUUUUUAAUAAAGACAACUAAAAAUGCAUUUAACUGUUUCUGCAGUGACUUGAUAGUAGAAUUUGUACUGGAAAUUUCAGCAGUUUUUAGUACACUUAAUUUGAAGUCACUAAAAGAAAGUUGAUAUUUAUUGAGCUUCUAUGUCUGCCACACAAUGUCUGACACUCUUCUCACAAAUUCUACCUGAAAGGUCUUGCUGAAAAGUCCUCCUGUACCCACAAGGCUAUUCUUCUAUUUCCAUACCACCUUUUCUGUUUUAAUACAACAUAUACUGUGUCUCCUCUAGACUAUGUCUUUGCCAUCUAUGGCCUGGCAUACAAUGAAUCCUGCUAACAUGUUUGUUCCACAAGUAUGUUCAAUGAAGAGUAUGAAAAUAUCUUGUUUUUGUUUUUUUUUCUUCUACCAACCAAGGUAAUGCCUCUGUUUGUAUUAUACCAGUUCACAAAUUGAAGUGUGAUGACAGAGAAGGAAUAUAGUAUAAAUAUAGCAGUAGUUGUCAACCAAGCCUAUUUGGUGUCCCAGAAAGACAUUUUGGUUGUCAUGCUAGGAAGAUGUUAUUGGCAUCAAGUAGUUUAGAGGUCAGAAAUACUGCUAAAUAAACAUCAAUGUACAAGACAGUCCCCCACAACAAAUUAUCUGGUCAAACAGUGAGGUUGAGAAACUGAGCUAAAAAUAACUUAG